AUGCGCAAAUCUUUAAGAUGGCUAAUAACAAUAGCCUUCUACGUUGCGAACGUUUUAUCAAUAGGCUAUUGUCUUUCGAGUCAGGAUUCAAUAUCGGAAUUUUAUCUGCACUCCGUUGUGCUCAUCGAAUGCUUUUCGCUAUUAGGAUUGGUUACCUCUGAUUAUUUAACGCCAUCUUUGUCAUAUAUUUCAAGUAAUAUAUUUCAUAUCUCCGACAGAGUGUCUGGAAUGACCUUGCUAGCGUUAGGGAAUGCACUUCCUGAUAUCACUAGUACUUACCAGUCAAUGAAAUCUGGUGUUACUUCUUUGGCCAUAGGUGAGCUGUUUGGCGGUAUAUUUUUUCUGUUGACUGUUGUGAUUGGACUUAUGGGCUGUGUAGCUACUAUUCAGUUUCAACAUGGCAAAUCCAUUGAAACUUACACAGAAGAAAGUUUUGACCAAACUCUAUCAUACGAUAGAAACCAUUAUAUACUGGAUGUUGGAAUAUUCACUUUUAUGCUCCUGGUUUCCGGAAUUUUUCUAGCAGAUGGAAAAUUAUACUUUUGGGAGUGCAUUAUCAUGGUUUUGACCUACUGUUGUUGUGUCGCAUAUUUGAUACAAAGCUAUAAAUACCCUUGUGAUAUUGACGACGCUUUAGAAAGAGAAGUAGAGAUCAAGAAAACUAACCUCGCCAAUGAGAAUACUAUUGUUCCCCAACAUUUUACCUUGUCAACCCCAAGUGAUAUUCCUCCUACAGGCAAUGCAACAACUUAUGUAAGACCUUGUGAAGAUACCCAGAUUGAUGAGGGCAGCUCUACUGGUACAGAAACAUCUCCUUUACCAAGUACAUCUGUGGAUAACAUUUUUAAAUUUAAUGAAGGUAUAGCUGAAAGAAGGGAUUUUAUAAGACGCAGAAUUCGGGGAUAUUUACGAUCUCAUUAUCAUGGGUGGGUAAGAAUGACAUUGCAAGACCUUUUAAAUAUAUGGGAGAAGCAAAAUCUUUUCAACAAUGCAGUAAAAUCAUUAUCUUUACCCUCAGAUGAUACUCACUUAUUCACUGAAGCUACUUUAGAAGGGAGGCCAUUAAUAAGGAAAAGAAUAAACUCUUUACAGCCCAGAGACUAUUACAAGUACUUGUUACCACAAAGUUACGAAAACUCUGAUUCACUGGACACUACAGUUUCAGCUCCCCAAAACGAACACCAAAGUUACGAUAAUGAACCUACGAGUUCAUUUUUGACUGUACCACAGAUAAAAAGUUCCAAACGAAAAUCUUUAAGUUGCGAUCGCAUUCCAAAUUUGGUUCAAAAUGAUAAUAUCAUACUCAACUCUGAGGGCCAUGCCUUGGGUUCUACCAAUUCCAUGAACAGCAUAUCGGAUGUCAUUGACAACUCUAUUUUGCAGUACGAGGGAGAUAACAUAAUUCUUGAAGGAUCAUUAUCUCUCUGUUCGACCAGGAGUAGGAGCAUCAGACAAAGUUUCCAACUUUACAAUUACCUAACGGACCUGUCCUUAGAAAUUAGUUUCUCUGAAUUCUUUUCUUUAUUAAUCACCACUCCGGUAUCAAUAAUUCUUUGUCUAUCAAUACCAUCAGAAACAAGUCAAAAAGACCAUAACUUACCCAUUUCAUACCUACAACUUGUCCAAUUAAUUGUAUCACCAAUAAUUAUCAACCAACUAAUCAUAGAUGAUUUUUCAUAUUGGCUAUUUAUAUUAUCACUGAUGAUAGCCAUCUUAUUGUAUUAUAAAACCAAGACCCUGUCAAACAAGUACAACUCUGAUAUAAUAUCUACUGUAGCGUUUUUACUGUCUUUGGCCUGUCUAUCGAAAGCUGUUCACAUAAUUGUGGUCACUUUAACACAUUGGAUAAAAAUUUUCAAUAUAUCAGAAACAAUAUUGGGUUUAACCGUUUUUACCUGGGGUAAUUCGAUUGGAGAUUUGGUGUCGAACAUCACGUUUGUUAGAAUGGGCGUUUUAGAAAUUGCGAUAGGUGCUUGUUUUGGCAGUCCACUUUUGUAUUUCUUAUUUGGUGUUGGAUUUGAUGGAAUUAUGAUAAUGGUGGGCGACAAAACAGGAAAAAUAGUGGAUGGAAGAGAUGAUAAUAUUCUUAUGCAUCAUAUUGAUUUUAAAGUGGAUAAAAAUUUGAUCAACACUGGAGUCGGAAUUCUGUUAGCCUUUCUAAUAUUUACAGUUUUGAUACCAUUGAACGGCUGGAUAAUUGAUAGAAAAAUCAGCAUUGCGCUCCUUACGUUAUAUAUAGUUGUCACAAGUUUUAGUGUCUUCUUAGAAAUUCACCAAAUGUAG